CCCUCAGGGGGCAUUUUUAUGAUAUCUGAAAACACCUGUUUCGCAAGUACUUGACGUCCUUAGUUUUAAAGGAAUUCAUCAAAUACGUUGUCAAUAAUGCUAGUCUGAUUCAGUACUUCUUGCCCCGAGAUUUUACCAACAUCCAGUGACUCUUAUCAGUUGCUAAUUCAUUGCAUCACAUUUUUGAAUCAAGGCAUGAACUGAYGAUUUUGUGAACGAAACUGAGGAGGAAUUCCAACACUGGAUCGAGCGAAUAACCUGUCGAGGAUAAUGUUACUUUUAACUGUUUUUCUCUUGGUCUCAAACGUCCUUUUGGAGUCCAAUAACUACUUCACAUUAGCUUCUGUUUGUUCUGGGGGAAACUACGAAGUCCCAGAUUUUUUAAGCGCCACUCACAUCAACGUAGCAGCAGCGUCGAAUGGUGCUACCUGCGGUUCGACAACAGGAUCUACUGAUUGCGCGAAUGCAAUCRAUGGCAGCAUUUCGUCAGAAUGGCAAAAAACAGGAGGAGGAGUUGGAAUAUUUGUCAAGAUCACUUUCGCUAGACAGUUUACUGUCAAUACCUUGAGGAUCAUGCAACGUUCAAGCACGMUUGAACAGAACAAAAAGAUUGCCUUGGAAUUUUCUGGAGGCGAGAUUUUUAAGACAACAUUGAAAAGAAAUACUGCAACUGUUUCCUCGGGCCCAGCCACGUGGGAAGUCAAGUAUUUCCCAGAAGUUCGCUCUAGYUGGGUGAAGGUUACAGUUGAAAGUGUUUACUCCUCAAAUAACAACGGAUUCAGAGAAAUUGAAAUAUACAACAGGAAUGCAGAUAAAGGAAAGCUCUGCGAUACGUUAGUUCUUCCACUUGCAACUAAAUCCGAACGACGUCCUUUAUUUGGUCGCACCGUAUCCCUAAUCUUGAAGUCUUCGGGCGUGAAAGUGUUCUUACACUCCAAAGACGAACCUUCAGCCAAAAACUACACUUUUGGUAUAGGGGUUGGAGGAAAAUGUACGCUCAGUCGUUUUGAUAGCACAGAUGCGGAGGUGCACAACGUUGCCUGUGCCAACAUUGUGACGCCGAGUGGUCUGAGAUCUGUUUGGAUUGACUUGAGGAGUGCAAACAUUGUACUGGGGUCUGGAACAACCGUGCUCUUUGAGUAUCUAGAUKCCUCUCCUUUUGAAGUGGGAUAUAUCUCUUUUGAAGCAACAACAGAAACAAMUGUAACGCUAUGCAAUCGAGAAAAUAAGUGCUACCAAGAUGCAGAUCAUUACUGGCCCAUGGACAAGAUCUCAGGAGGGGAAUUCCAGGAUACGAAUGGUGGUAAAAAUGCCAAAACUAAUAUAAGCCACCCUGAUAUGAAAGCAUCAUUUACCGCCCUUAACAUGUWUGCAAAUGCUCCAAUGUUCGAUACCACAGCCGCUACACCUAAAGACGCCAUAUUUGGAGACUUCAUGGGGGAUUGUAUUGGGGAUGUUGAGACCUGCGCAKAUGGCAUGACGCUCUCGUUCCGACUAAUCAUUCCUGGUUCCUUAACCACAACCACUAGGUUAUUGGGAACCAGAAAAACUGGUAAAGGUUUUUUAGUACAUUUCAAGGAACCAUCAAAUAUAAUUAGCGGCUUUUAUCUGCAAUCGGAAUUCGUCAAGUUGUCUUUCGCCAUUGCCAAGGAUAAGCAGUACCAUAUUGCUAUGGUCGUGACCAAGGAUAAGAAUYUGAAAAUGUACGCUAAUGGCAUUGAAUUCAGCAACAUGGAACGGUUAGCACAGGUAUCUUCAGGCGCUGAUACGCUAUUUAGAAUCGGCUCAACGGACRCAAGGAAAGGAACCUUUAUUCUCUCCGACGUGGCAGUUUGGAAUAGGGAACUGAGUGCUGUAGAGAUCAAUCAACGACUGUCCUGUACGCAAGUUGGGAUUGUUGAUGAAUCUUGUAGUCCUGCUGUCAAAGUGCCGUCUGUUGGUUCAAACUAUAAUUCUGAUCAGUGUACUUCCAUUACCUGCUGUCACGAUGGUAGCACGUGUUUCCGACGCGAUGGGGUUGGGACUCAAGCGACCAUCUYCACUGCUGGUAGCAUCUACACCKCAAGCUCUGUAGAAAGUCAACAUACACCGGCGGUCAAUGGCAAGAUAUCCUCUGAAGAUGCCUUACUUGYAUACACGGCMUGGAGUCCCUCACCAAUGGACAAGAAUCCUUACCUACAGAUUGACACCAUGCAGGUCCGUGCCAUCACUGCUGUUGUGGUACAAGGGACUGGCGUAUCAGAUCAAAAAAACUACGUCACCACGUUUGCAGUGUCUACCAGCAAGAGCUGCAAGGUCUUCCAACAUAUUAUGGAUGGCUCUUCUAAAAAGGUUUUUAACGGCAAUACUGAUUCUACUGGACGUGUUACUGUUGCCAUGGCUUCUGGUUUGGAAGCACGCUGCCUGCGUAUUGAACCCAUUGCCUUUAUUGGGAAAAUUGCUUUGAAGGUCAAGAUACUAGGAACCAGAAAAGCCAAAACCUUCCAUGGUUGUUACAAGGGCGGCCAAUUCACUGCCGCUGAACAUUAUGACAGUGUKUCGUUGACUCCUGAGAAAUGCAUCACAGCCUGUGGGGUCGCAAGCAAGACCUWCGCGGCUCUCAAGUACGGCAAAUAUUGCUUCUGUGGAACCUCGGUAGCGACCGCUGUUGCCGAUUCUUUUUGYAACACUCCUUGCAGCGGCAAUAUGAAACUAACCUGCGGAAGUGAUGACGCCUUCAGUGUUUAUUCUGUCUCGGGAUCUUUUCCAACAAGUUUCAGCUGCACGACUCCMGCAAAAGUAGCCAGCCUGACUCCUUUCUCAACCACAUGCACCGCAAACUCUAUGGCAGAAUGCGACUUUGGUGAGUCUCUUCCAGUUACUGGCACAAAYACUGCUCUUAACCACUCGUAUUACUCCGUGCCAUCGGACUUCAACGUGUUUUGCAAAGGUUAUUUGGAUACAGCCGGUGAGAGCGACGAGAAGCGCUACGACACGGCCAUCAAGGUGUACGAUGAUUUCGAAGCCGAGCUGGACUGUCCGGACUUCGCUCAAACUCAUAAAARUUUAACGUGUGCAGUUAAAGUUGCCAAAGGUACAGAAUUACAACUCAGCUACCAGUUGCCSGGUCAAUCACCUGUAUCUUUGGAACUGUGUGAUUCUAUUGGUAUUGGUUUAGGAGAGACGUUUGAUACCCCCGUGGGUGGAAGCCAAGAAAUCAGCGGUACUAUCGUACUCCUUGACACAAGGUCUCCUGAUGACGGGCAGUUUCUGGGCAUCGAAGUCAAUGUAGAGAGAGAUGGGUGUGUUUCUGUACAGAAACUUCGCCCCGUUUGCGGAUCKGGAGACACUAAUGUUUACACGUACACUGAUGGAAGAAGAGAGGCCCAAAUAAAUACCUGUUCCUUCACUACGAACUGCACGGAUGGCCAGACGUUCUCAACUGACUCAAGACACUGUGUUGUGAAUGGUUCAUACUCAGACAACGUAACGCUAACUGCACCACCCGAAMGCCACGAAGUGGUGUCAGCUAACUUCAUUUGUUUCACAAGCGUUGGUCGACACCGCCUUCACUUUGAGAAAGGAAAUAUCUCUAGCGUUGUUAUGGGAGAUGUGUUCGCYUUGUAUUUUCCCUCUAGUGGAGCAGCUAAGUUGUCGAGUAGAGAUUCCAGUGACUCAGGUCUUGGUGGACGUUCGUCCGCAGUSAUUUACACUGGCCAAAACAAUGGCAUCGGAAGUGUCUUGGAUCUGACGGGAAGUGCAGUGAAACACUUGGGAUAUUCGAUCUUGUUUCUCAUCAAGGCCAAGUGCGUUUUUCAAUUGCCAUUAACGUACACCACAAUCGGUGAAUAUAUUSAAAAAGUUACAGUCAAGUCAGCGGAACGUUCACAAGAAUACGCGCAAACGAUCGCAGUGCAGGAGAAGAUAUUUCAAGUGACUUAUAUUUUCCGUAAAGGUGCAGUCGUCAACGARCCCUAUAACUUCACGGUCAAUGCCCACAACGGCACCAGUAUCUCCUACGAGAUGCGCUUUGACAACGCAAGUUUACUACAAGGUAACAAGACAGCAGCACUUGAGGCUUACUCAUUCUUUAACACUUACUCAACAAAAGGCACUAGGAGUAUUUCUAUUAACCUUUCAAAUGGAGUAUCCCAAGUAUACAUGGUUUGCCAAAUCAAGGUCCUUAACAAGGUGGAUGGCUUGAAUCUGACCAGUAGCAUUCCACCACAGGUAUACCCAACAGUCACAACCAUUUGCUUCAAGGUUACCAAAGGAGACGAAGUGACAGUAGCAGCAGACUUUGGGAAUGGAGUAUCCGUGGCUAACGGCACAUUCAAUAUAGAAGAUGUGUUUAUUGGCUGUUUUAAUCAUUCAUAUGCAGUGGGAGUCUACCAUAUGACCGUCAAUGCGACUAAUGAUGCAUCAGAACAAAUGAUAACGCAGCUCGUCAUUGUAGAGGAAGAGAUCUUGGAAUUAAGUUUCGUUGUGGAACACGCCGCAAGAGAUAUUGAAGUCAAUGAAACCAUUUGUGUGGUCACCAACGUCACCCAAGGAACAACGCCAACGUAUAGAGUCGAAUGGGGAGAUGGUCAAGCAGCAGAAAGCCAGGACACUCGAUUCUGUCGUCAUUAUAGCAUAUAUGACAUAUACACAAUCAACGYGACGGCUUUUAACAACGUUUCUAAGCUGAACACGUCUCAAGAGAUACAAGUUCACAAGCCAGUCUACAAGCUAGUAAACUUCGCGCUCGUUUGCCCGCCAACGAACUUCUCUAAUCCCACUCCGUGCUUGCUUACUAUAGAUGGUGGAACUGAUUUCGUUUGUGAUUGGACAUUCGGCGAUGGUUUGACUGGCAGCUCUAACUCAUCACACGUGGGAAAACCUUUUAACCAUCUUUACGCUGCUCCUGGGUAUUAUGAUGUAAACAUCAAGUGUACUAAUCGCCUCUACAAUAUCACGAAUCAGACCUUGGCAAUUGUUGAAAAACCAAUGAUAGGACUUGCCAUCGACCAACUUGCCAACUGUCCCCACGGGCAGUCAACUACUGCUUAUGUCGGCGUUGUUCAAGGCACAGGCGUGGAAUUCACACUCAAGAAGAGAAAUUUCCACACGGGGACAAGUGUAGACAUGGUUCCUUCUUUUAAUCCCGAGAURACAAACGGUUCCGUUACGUUCGCGUGUGAUGCUAUCGGUGUUUACUGCAUGGAUGCUACUUCAGUGAACAACGUAACACUGCAGCAGUACUUUACAAUGUGCUUCAAGGUCGACUAUACCAUCACUGGAGCGACUGCGACGAGACUGACCCCUGAGUAUAUCCUGGUUAAAAAUACUUCACAGAUCGAGAUCAAAAUGACCCAGGGAUCAAAUGUCACUUGCUAUUUCGACUUCAAGGACGGAGCUUACGAGCCUCCUCAUUUUACAUUGGAUGUCUUUCCUUCGGUUGGUAAAAUCGUUUCCCAUACGUAUGCUGUUGAGGGCGAUUUCUAUGUCAAUAUUGUGUGUAACAAUAGCGUGAGUGAGGUGACCUUUAUAAAUAUAAUCAAGUCACAACACCCUGCCAAAGAAGUUUUCUUAGUGUGUCUUGAACGCCAACCAUUCCCACCAGGAUAUACCCAGUGCACGAUCGAUAAACCUGCCCACAUAGCGACACCAACUAACCUCACCUGCAUCACGAGUUUCGGAGAUGGCAGUCAGACAACGAAUCUACUUGUUCCCCCCUUAGUUCUAACACAUACGUACGYGGCCAUUGGUGCGUAUCCUGUUGAUGUCGCCUGUUCUAAUCAAAUGAGUAGUGUCAAUCUCACGUCCACRGUCGAAGUACAGACUCCUAUUGACAACGAUGUGAUGCUUUUGACGACCAGUGGCGGCCUAUAUGGGACGGGGUCACCUGGAAGAGGGGUGGAUUCCUCGUACUUCCCCACRAAAAACAACAUAUCUCUAGAUGUAAAUUGGGGCAAUGGAACCAAUGUCUCUGUUUCAAUCGACUGGGGCGAUGGCACCAACACCUUGUCAAGUAAUAAUUCUUUUCGUCAUAURUACACCACAGCUGGUACUUAUACCGCCAAGAUCACGAUGUUUAAUGCUGUUAGUUACRAAACCAAGACUUUCGUCCUUCAUCUACAAGACGCGGUUGAAGGUUUCACGUUCAAUAACAAUGGGCCCGUUCGCAUGGGGCAGGAAUUCAUUUUUCUCUUGGCUGCAGAUCAGGUCGGGACGGAAGCUUGUUACUCACUCAAUAUCGGCAAUGGCACCACAUAUGUCUAUAAACCAUCCGUCAACGCAAUUUGUGAGCCUGAAUGUUCUUCCGGGACGAUCUACCGUACCUACACCAAGUCUGAAAUACCAAUGAACAUCACACAUCUCCAUUACUAUAUCGGCAACUAUGAUAUUUACGCUGUUGGCUGUAACAAAGUCUCCAGAAUGACAUUCACUAAUCUGGCUAACCUAUCUCCUAAACCCUGUAAAUACCCCGUGGUCAACUUCACAUUAACGGAAGCAAACUUCACCAUGGAAACAGCUGUUCCUUAUCCAAAGGCGUCACGAAUAAAACUGACACCUUUGAUCAAGAUCGAUUGUCAAGCCACUAAACUUUCAGUCAGGAAAUGGGAUCUCUUAAAAUGCAACGACACGACUGGUAACUGCUCUGAAUAUUCGUCGAAUUGUACAAGAGAUAUGUCCACAUCUGACCCCAUCCUCGUUAUCCCUGAGCGUUGCCUGGAGUAUGGUACAUACAUGGUGAAGUGCAAGGUAGAAAUGAUCGGUGGUGGGACCGUGGGAAUCUUUAMGGAAAGUAUAGCGUACGUUAAAGUUAUCAAGUCACCGCUAUUUGCUAAGAUACUUGGGGGUACAGCAAAGUCAGUUGGUUAUGGCAAACCCGUUCCAACUGAUGGAACACCUUCUUUUGAUCCCGACACCGGUGACAACGUAGGCAUGAACUACUUUUGGUUCUGUGGUGAAAAGACUGAGGCUCUUAAAGUGUUUGGAAACUCGACAGAUUUGCCAGCUAAACCUCUAACAUUGCACCCAGAUUUACAGGCAGCGUUGGGUCCUACGGGCGGCGCACCGUCACAUCUUUAUCGAGGUUGUAAUGGCCACGGCCCUGGAAGAUUCGAUAUCAAUGAUACGAAAAUAAUAGUUCCCACUAGUGGUAUGAGGAUUAAUCAUACUUACGUGGUCACUGUAUUGGUAGCCAAGGACACAAGAUGGGCGACGAUGUCGCUUUCAAUGGUAGUGUUGGAAGGAAACCCUCCAGACUGUAAAAUUGUAUGCGUCGCUGGUUGCGGUCACAAAAUCAACCCUUCUGACAAGCACUCCCUCAAGGUGGAAGCCAUAUGUCCUGAAUGCGGUGAAAUAACCUAUCACUGGUAUAUCAAUGUAAGAAAUAAGACAACCAAUCAAAUGGUUCCAGUCAGUAAUUCCCAAGAGAUGCUAAAGACCGAAUUAAACUUCAUCAAUAUAGUUGUUAAACCUAACAUGAUGCAAGGAGACAGUGAAUACGAAUUCAGAAUCGAGGCAUAUGAUACUCUUCAUAAAAUCAAGGGUUUUGCUGCUAGAACAGGAAUAACAAAUUCUGGACCGAAGCAUGGAUCGUGUGAUGUCCAGCCCAAGACUGGAGACAAUGAGACUCCUUUCAACAUAUCUUGCAGUGGUUGGCAUGACGAUGAUGAUUAUUUGACAUUCUCUGUUAAUCUUUACGAUGAGAAUACCAAUAUACUUACCCCGCUCACCUUGAUGAGAUCCGAAGAAAACGACAUGGCUGCUUUGGUCAAAGAAAUAAUGAAGUUACCGGUCGGGAAGAAAGAUAAAGAUUUUGUCCAGAAAAUUAGGAUCCAAAUUUGCGACCCUCUAUUAAGCUGUGAAACUCAGGACGUGAACGUUACUGUAAAACUGCAGGAACAAAGCGAAGGAAAGUUCCAAGAGUUCCUCAAUGGUGUUUUAGAUCCAGACGGCACAAUCAACGUUUUAUUAGGAGAAGGAAAAAUCGACGAUCUUUGUACAUAUUUACUUAACACAAUCACCACCAUUAAAUCCCUCCAAGCAACUCCUGCCCUGGCUUCCUUGUCUGAAGCAACUCAAAAUCUCGUGCAAAAUGUUGUUGAAUAUUCAAUGAACAGCACAUGUCAGAUCGUCAGUUCAGACUCCAAGAAAGCAUCUUGCAAAUCAUCAGUUAUCAGUUCACUGCUAGAAGUAAAGACCACUAUCACAGACGCGGUCAAGAAACAAUCAUCGGACUGCCUUAUGGAAGCUGCUAGCGAUAUCAGUAACUUCCCCCCGUCCGAACUGGCGAAUGCAGCAACAGGUCUUGUCUCGGCAUUCGGUAGUGCAAUCGACUCCGGUGCCAGUACCACGUUAACUACGCCUACCAUAGAAACUACACCUGAGCCACAAUAUGAUGAAUAUGGCACCCCAAUAGAACAAACUCCAAGUCCAAGUAAAUCUAGUGCAGAACAAGAGCGAGAAAAACAAGAACAAAAAGAACAGAGUAUGAAGCUUGCAAAUACUUUGAAUAACAUUGGUGGAGUACUGUUGCAGGGGAUGGUCCCGGGCGAGGACCUAGAUAUUGCCACACCCCUGUUAAACAUAAGUGUAUCUGUUAAACCAGCAAAUGAACUGAAAACYGUUUCAUCUCCUUCUGGGACGACUAUUGGUGGACUUGGAGAUGCUAUGCCUUCAAACACUUCGGAGGCUGUUUCUGUUAAGCUCUUCUCAUUCAAUAAUAACCCAUACGGAUGGGCGGACGGUGCCUCAGAUGUCUCGGGAGCACUGAUAUCCUUUAAACUCGGAAAUGAUGAUGGAAGCGAUAAAUUAGUUAAGGACACUCCAAAGGCGUUCGAACUGAGUAUAAAACAAACUGGGCAGACAAUCAACAUGACGGCCCAUCAGCUCAAUCCCARAGAGUGUAAUUAUCAUCUGCUUGAAGUACCAAAGAAUCACAGCUCUAUUUUUGUGGAAACUAUUCCUUCGGAUCCGAACGUCACCAUCAUGUUGUACCUCCGUCGUGGCGACCGACCAACCAAACUCCUUCACGACUUUAACUACACUUUGUCUCCCAAUGACACCCAAGUUAACGCCACCGAGAAAGACAAAAGUCGCUUUAUGAUGUUUAUGUCGAAUGACGAGCUGAAUAACACUGCAGCUGGGACUUGGAAGCUUGCUGUCUGCGAAGAGGGAGGGUACAAUUCACCGGAGGAGGGCGAUGGUGCUUCAAUAUCGUACAACAUAUCCAUGUUCACUGCAGCCUGUAUGUUCUUGAAUGAGACCACUGGUAAAUUUAGUGAUGCUGGUUUAAAGGUUGGUCCUGCAACAACCAGAUUUGUAACACAGUGUUUCACAACACACGCAACAUCCUUCGCAGGAGAUUUCUUUGUUCCCCCAAACAAGAUCGACUGGAGUAAGAUUAGCCUGGAUGAACUGUUGAACAACCCCAUUGUAUUCAUAGUCGUCAUGGUGAUAUUUGGAAUGUACUUUAUUCUGCUGAUAUGGGCAAGACGAGCAGACAAGAAAGACCUUGAUAAGGUUGGUCUGACACCUCUGCCCGACAACGACCCGCGGGAUAACUACCUGUACGAGAUCGUAAUCUAUACGGGUCACGCAAAGGAGGCUGGUACUACAUCUGAAGUCUACAUGAUUCUUACAGGUGGACUGGACGAGACGUCGCCAAGGCAACUAAAGGAUCCUGAGCCAACACGAGUGAAAUUCCUUCGUGGAGCCGUUGACUACUUCUUAUUGGCAGUUCCGCAUUCUUUAGGCAAACUCAAGCAACUUCGCAUCUGGCAUAACAACACGGGUAGUAACCCAUCCUGGUUCUUGUCCCGGGUGAUGGUGCGAGACUUACAGACAGACACCAAGACAUGGUUCGUUAAUCUUCGAUGGCUUGCAGUAGAGGAAGAUGAUGGGCAAAUCGACAGAACACUUCAGACAGCCACCAAGGAAGAACUCACUAGCUUCAACCUUCUAUUUUCAACGGAGGCGCGCAAGAAUCUCACCGAUAACCAUCUGUGGUUCUCCGUAGUGGCACGCCCUCCAAAGAGCACGUUCACUCGUGUCCAGCGCUUAUCUUGUUGUUUGUCUGUUAUUCUCACGACGAUGUUGGCCAACGCCAUGUUUUAUCAGACUGGCGACGAGUCUUCUUCAGGUACCUCUAUCCAUGUUGGACCCUUCAGCUUCUCGAUUAAACAGAUAUCCAUUGGCAUUACAAGCAGCUUGGUUGUUCUGCCCGUUAACAUCAUUGUGGUCACUAUCUUCCGCAAGCUUCGUCCUCCUGAUCCUACUAAGAAGAAAGAAGAUAAGGAGAAAGACCCCCAUCAACAGGGAGACAAAUAUAAACCCGAUGAUGAAAUACAAGUAAUCACCGAAGACGCGAGCGACAUCGACGAAGAUGAUGAUGAUAAUGACGUAGAAGAAGCAAAUGACAAGAGCAAGGAUAAGAAAGCUAAAGCAGAAAAGACAAAGAAGAAAACAAAGAAACUUGAUCCCAAAUUUGCGUAUCUGGCGUACUUCCUGAUCUUCAUUGCUUCUACAGUCUCGGGUACUUUUACCGUCUUCUACGGCCUCACUUUCGGCAAGGAAAAAUCCGAAGGCUGGAUCUCUUCAAUGAUGAUCUCAUUUUGGCAAGACGUGCUGAUCUCACAACCCCUCAAGGUUUUUGCUGCCGCCAUGUUCUUUGCUCUCGUCAUUAAAGAUCCGAACAAAAACGCUGAAGAGGAAACCGAACAGCAAGGCAGCGAACUCACUCAAGAUGAGGAACUCGUUCACAAAAACGUUAAGAACUCCGAUGACGAGAAAGCUCUAAGGAAAUUAGGUUUCGUCGACAAGCCUCCAGACCCAGAGAAACUAGAAGCGGCACGCCAGCUAAGAUUAAAACAAAAACAAAUGAAGUCCAUUAUCCAAGAAAUGGUUCAAUACUUGUUCUUCUUGGUCAUCAUGCUCAUUAUUGCCUAUGGCAACCGAGAUCCAAUGGCUUAUGGAGUAACAAGGGCUAUGCAGACUUUUUUUGUUGAUUCUGCCUACACAGGAAUGGAUGAAUUUUCUUCGAGUGAUAGUCCUGAUAAGUACUGGGUGUGGGUUGACAAGACAUACCUUGCAACCCUUAAACCUCAGUACUGGUACGGACCAGUCGUACGCUUUAACAACAGCGUCAUCGAAGCAGAGGAGAUUCAAAAACAAAGGAAAAUCAUUAAACUAAGAAAUACCAGGACCGCAUCCAAAUGGAGAACGGUCACCGGUAAUUACAUUGACAACCCUUCUGUUGUGCACCAGUAUAAGGAAAACUUUGUCGCUGACCAUGAAACCGCUUACCUCGUGGGCUCACCUCGAAUAAGACAACUCAGAAUCAAAAGAGAUCAAUGCACCAUGUUGCCUUUUGCAAGAAGAAUGUUCAACGAAUGUAACGCUGAUUAUGAUUGGGACAAAGAAGACCAGGAAAGCUACCUUCCUUCUUGGAAACCUUUCGGAGUCAACGACACGAAAAACCCAAAAAGCAAGUCACCCUGGUACUACAGAAGCGCUUGGGAGCUAAAGGGCACGCCCUACUGGGGACAGUUUGCGUCCUAUUGGGCUGGAGGUUAUGUUGCUGAUUUUGGCAGCGACAGAACCAGAGCCGAGAAAAUGGCAAACCUGCUUUCAUCUCAGGGAUGGAUCGACAAAUACACCAGAGCGGUUUUCGCCGAAUUCACGGUCUAUAACGCCUACACCAAUUUCUUUAGCGCAGUGACAUUACUGACUGAAGUGCGAGCAACUGGAGCGUACCAUCACAUGCCAAAGGUACAGACUCUAAGACUAUACCGCUACAUUGGCCCAGAAAUGGCGUUCAUCAUGGCAUGCGAGAUCACCUACAUAGCAUUCUUGCUAUACUUUCUCUAUAACCAAGUCAAGAAAUACCGAAAUGAGAGACAAGAAUACUUCAAAGACGCUUGGAACUAUUUAGAAAUAGUGGUUCUUGCGUUUUCGAUUAGUUCAGUUGGACUGUACUUUGCUAGAAUGGGGAUGACAUCGUAUACAUUAGAGACCAUGAAAGAAAGUCAGGAUACUUUUGUCAGCUUCCAAUACGUUGCUUUCCUGGACGAAUGGGUGUCUGCCUGUUGUAGCUUGGCAGUGUUCUUCUCUUUCCUGAAGUUUCUUCGCUUACUUCGCUUCAACCGAAGAAUGGCUUUACUAACCAGGACCCUCAAACAAGCCGCCGGACCACUCUUUUACUUCUUCAUCUACUUUGGUGUCAUUUUCCUCGCCUACGCUCAAUUUGGUUUCGCAGUGUUUGGUUGUGCCGAUGAUAAUUACUCAAGCCUUCAUCAGACAAUUGUGACACUCUUCGGAAUGACACUGGGAGAUAUAGAUUUCCCUUCCCUUCUGCAGGCCAAUCGUUUGUUUGGUCCACUGUACUUCUUCUCGUACGUUCUUGUCAUAAUAUUUAUCUUGGUGAACGUCUUCUUGAGCAUCAUUUGUGACACUUUUAAUGAAGUCAAUAGAGACGUUCUCAAUCAGGCCAACGACCACGAAAUAAUGUCCUUCAUGAUGCACACUGUCAAGCAAAACAUUGGCAAACAGGUUGGUCCCGCUAUUAAGCCCACCUACGUGGAGGAAAAGUCCAAACUCGAGAAAGACGUCGAUAGCAUCGAGGAAAUAUCUGACAACAUCCAAUACGCAUUCCGUAAUAUGUGUAUGGAAGACAUACGACAAAUGAAAUGGUUCGACACUAAAAACCUGACCAGAAAGAAGAAGCUGCUUUUGGCAAUGCUUUUAGAAGCCGACGAGAAUUAUUGCGAGAACGACAUCUGUGAUGCCAUCCCGAUCUUUGACGAGUACAUUGCUAAUCACAACGAGGAAGACAUUAUCCAAGCAGUGUUUGCGUAUCGCGAGAAGCGACGUAAGGAGGAGAUGCAGGACGUAGUAAGCAGAAUGAGUGACAGCAGUGAAGAACCGUCGGAAUACGACACGGACUCCGAUGCUGAGGAUGACUAUGAAAAGGAACCAAUGCCUGCGCCUCAAUUCUUAAGUCCACACACCGUCUAUGAUGCGCAUCAGGCUUCGGGGAAUGGUCAAUCACAGAUCAAUGUUCACGGAACCCACAAGUCACGUAGAAAAAGCCUCGGCGACGCAUUGAACACAGGGAAACAAUUGCGCCGGUCCAGUCGUGGGGAUCUUGACGUCGUGAGUGUUGGCAUCGGACCACGUUCGCCAAGCUGCACAGAUCUAUAUCCAGAUUCGACCUCUUGAAAAUUCGUCUAAAAAGCUAUAGCUUAAUAAAACAAAUUGCAUGAUAUUUGUGUUGUAGGCUGUAAAGACUUUUUCAUAUUCAAAACAUUUGCCCGGUAUGAAACGAUUAAUUCCAUAGUAAUGAUUUUUGGGGUGUUGUAUUUGAUUGGCUGUCUGAAAGACUCACAUAGAUCUAAAAACGAAAUCUCUCGGCUCUAUACAUCAAGCAUAUUGUGUACGAGAUUUCGUUCUUUUUCACAAAUAAGAAUCCGGGGCAGAACGAUUGAACGAUCGACUUUGAUGCAUAUUUUUCAGUUACAUUUUUUGUACAAGCCUAGUUCAGUUAUGAUGGCCAUAUCAAAUAGAAUUUUCUUCAUGCAUUCACAAUGAAUGCUUCGCAGCUUGGUGGCACAGGAUUUCGUAUUGUAGCUUCAGUUGUAUGGUCUGUUAAAAUGCCUUGAAACACCACGCACACCCAUUCUCGUACCAAGUCCCUUCAGCUAAAUAUCUAUUGUUUGUUAGAAAGCUGAGAAGGGUACUAGAAUGUAGCACACCAUAAAUUUUCCUCUGCGACAAUCGACACACAUUCCAGCAUCAAAUAAAUCUUGAGAUUAUCUCAUGGCAUAUAAUUGCUGUAAAUCUUUCAUGUAGCCUGGGGUCGUGUGUCGUGACUUUGAUAAUGGUUUUAAAUAUCGAGUUUYACAGUGCACUAGAUGAAAAAUUGUCAAUAAUUAACCGUAUUUCGCAUUAAUAAAGCGUAUGAAAAUA